AUGGUGGCAUUUCCAGUUGACGACUUUGCAAAGGUGGCCGUGGUAUCCUGGCGAUGGGACAUUGACGCAGUGGAUCACCCAUCACGGAACCUUUACAGCACCAUCCUUUACGCAAAGAAGGCGAAGCUGCGUCACUUAUUCGUCGAUGUCAUCUCCAUCGACCAAACCCUCAAGGGUGAUGCCCUGCUGGAACAGUAUGCGGCGCCCGUGGAUCGCCAGCGAGAUCACCGCGUUCAAGCACAAUCCGACCUCCGUCGUCAACCUCCGCCAUGA